GAUAUUGGAUCGAAUAUUAGAAUUUCAAGAUGGCUGCGCCCAUGCAAUACAACAACCCUAGUCGUUUUCGUUGAGAGAAAAGACUUCGAUGACCAUAUUAUUGCAUAUUCUUGGCAAAUCAAGGAUUCGUAUCACCAGUGGAAGUGUACACACUCUGAGAAUCUGUAAGAUGGCAGACUGUUUCAAACCGGAAUUAGAGUGGUCAGUAGACGAUCCAAUCACUAGCGAGUCCAGUAUUGAUGGAGCAACAUGCCCGACUGUUACUCUUUCUUCUACGAGUGAAACUGGUUCUCAGCCCCCUACUAAUGAGUCCAGUAUUGAUGGAAAGACAAACAAAAUUGGUACUCAGCCCCCUUCUUUCAGUAAUCCUUGUCCAGGAACCAGUAAACUAGGACUGGAGAAUUUAUCAGGGAAAGCUAGAAGAGCACUCAUCAGGAAAGAGAAGUACAAAGAAUUGAAAAGAAAAAAUAAAGGGCUGACCAGCAAUCCUAGCCCAGGCUACAGCAUCUUUAAUGAGACAGACUACUACUUUGAGAAUGGUCUGAGAAAAGUGUAUCCUUAUUUCUAUGCAUUUACCACGUAUGUCAAAGGUCGCUGGUUCAACCGCACGCUGUGUGAAAUCUUCGGAGAAGAGUUUACGUUGUCAAAGGAAUACGAUGUGAAAGCUCUGGUAACAGAAGGUCUGAUAACAGUAAAUGGUCAAACUGUGUCACUGGACUACAAGAUCAAACAGGGGGACAUUAUUGAAAACAAUAUACACAGACACGAAAACCCAGUAACAGGGGAGACAAUCCAAGUGAUCGAGGAUAACAAAGAUGUGAUAGUUGUAAACAAGCCGUCCUCCAUUCCGUGUCAUCCCUGUGGGGGUUACCGGUACAACUCCAUGGUCUUCAUCCUCGGCAAGGAGCUGGGAUACGGCCAUCUUAGAACUGUGUAUCGACUGGAUCGACUGACAUCGGGCGUACUCAUCUUGGCAAAGAACGAUGCCUCCACCAGGAAGUAUAUUGACGAUAUUACGAAUCGGAAUGUUGAGAAGGAGUACAUCAGUCGCGUGGAGGGGGAGUUUCCUGAAGGGGAGGUGGUGUGCGAGCAGCCCAUUGUGAAGGUGUCCUUUAAGAUGGGAAUCAUGAAAUGUGGAGCAGACGGUAAACCUUCCAAAACUACCUUCACUCGACUCAGCUACAAUGGGAAGACCAGUGUUGUCAAAUGCAAACCGUACACAGGUCGUACACACCAGAUCCGAGUCCAUCUCCAGUAUCUAGGGCACCCGAUAGUCAAUGACUCGUGCUACAACAGCGUAUGUUUUGGUCCUGAAAAGGGGAAGAAUGGGAAUUAUUAUCUGACAGAUGAACAGAUACGACAGCUGAAGGAAGAAGAACACAACAGAGAAAUGUGGACCUGCGCCGGAGAAAAUCCCAACUACCUCAAACGCAUCAAGGAGCUCAAAGAUCUGGGUGUCCAGAGUGAACAUUCAUCACAAGAUUUGGAACCCACCCCUAAAAAAAAGACCAAGCUCAUAUCUGAUAAAAAUGGAGACACACAUUCUCUGGACAAGAGUGACUGUGAUCUGUCUGAUAGUGGUCAGACUUGUAGUGACCAGAGAUUGACCAUGGCGGGGAAGCCUCAGCCUGCUUUUGAUUGGAAUAGGUGGUUCCCUUCUGAGGCCUGUCCAAUCUGCAAGAAACAGUUUCUGGACCCCAAACCCAGCCAGCUCAAACUCUACCUCCAUGCCCUCAGCUACAAAGGUCCUGACUGGUAUUACGAAACUGCCAUGCCAUACUGGGCGGAGCCUGACUGGAAAGAGGACACAUGACAUCAUGGAUAUAGAAUCUGUUGGUUAUAGAUCAAUAAAGAGAUUUUAAGAUA